UCUGAGCUCGAUUACUUCCCCCUGGAGUCGAUAGCAGAGCAGAGGUUGUCGCUGAUGCAACACACUGACAGGUCCAUUCAGCCGGUAUCUCUCACACCGCUCUUUGAAAGAAGACUGAUUUUGAGUCGGAGCACCCUGCGCCAUGGCAGAUCAGCUGAGUCCAGAUGAGAAAUUCCACCUCAUCACCAGGAAUCUCCAGGAGGUCCUUGGAGAAGAGAAAGUGAAGCAGGUUCUUCAAGAGAGGGAGCUGAGGGUGUACUGGGGUACAGCGACAACUGGCAAACCCCAUGUAGCUUACUUUGUCCCCAUGUCUAAGAUAGCGGACUUCCUCAAGGCUGGAUGUGAGGUCACUAUUCUGUUUGCAGAUUUGCAUGCCUACUUAGACAACAUGAAAGCUCCUUGGGAGCUGCUGGAGCUCAGGGUCAAAUACUACGAACAGGUCAUCAAGGCCAUGCUGGAGAGCAUUGGUGUGCCUCUGGAUAAACUCAAGUUUGUUAAAGGAACUGACUUUCAACUCAGCAGGGAGUACACUCUGGAUGUGUACCGCCUGUCCUCUAUGGUGACAGAGCACGAUGCUAAGAAGGCUGGAGCUGAGGUCGUCAAACAGGUGGAGCAUCCUCUCCUGAGUGGUCUGCUGUACCCUGGACUCCAGGCUCUGGAUGAAGAGUACCUGAAAGUGGAUGCUCAGUUUGGUGGUGUUGACCAGAGGAAGAUUUUCACUCUGGCAGAGAAGUACCUGCCCUCUCUUGGCUAUGCUAAGCGCGCCCACCUGAUGAACCCGAUGGUACCGGGGCUGACCGGAACUAAGAUGAGCUCUUCAGAAGAGGAAUCAAAGAUUGAUCUCCUUGACUCCAAAGAGGAUGUAAAGAAGAAGCUGAAGAAGGCUUUCUGUGAGCCAGGCAACAUCCAGAACAAUGGAGUUCUCUCUUUUGUCAAAUAUGUCCUCUUCCCUCUACGAGGAGAGUUCUGCAUCAAAAGGGACCCAAAAUGGGGUGGAGACAAAGUUUAUACUGUGUUUGAAGAAGUGGAAAAGGACUUUGCUGAGGAGAUGGUCCACCCUGGAGAUCUGAAGGCCUCAGUGGAAGUUGCACUAAAUGAGCUGCUGGAGCCAAUUAGAAAGAAAUUUGGGAGUCCUGAGCUCCGCAAACUCACCAGCAAUGCCUAUCCUGAUUCCUCAAAGACGAAAGCAGGAGGAAAAGGUGUUAAGGCUGGAGGAGGAGGAGGUGGUGGAGGAGAGGAUGAUGAUCUGGCCCCCUCCAGACUGGACAUCAGGGUGGGCAAGGUCAUCAGUGUGGAGAAGCAUCCAGACGCUGAUUCACUGUACCUGGAAAAGAUUGACGUGGGAGAGCCGGAACCGAGGACGGUUGUCAGCGGGCUGGUGGCCUACAUUUCACAGGAGGAGCUGCAGGACAGACUGGUGUUGGUGCUGUGCAAUCUGAAACCCCAGAAGAUGCGUGGGAUUGAGUCUCAAGCCAUGCUGCUGUGUGCCUCUAUUGAGGGGGAGCCCAGAAGGGUGGAGCCCCUAGACCCUCCGGAAGGUUCGUCACCAGGGGAAAAGGUCUUUGUGGAGGGAUAUGAGUCAGGCAAGCCAGAUGAUAGACUUAACCCAAAGAAGAAGGUGUGGGAGAAACUACAGGUCGACCUGAAGAUAUCAGACGAAUGUGCCGCUCAGUGGAAAGACAAGCAGCUGAUGACCAAACUGGGACAGAUCACAUGUAAGACGCUCAAAGGAGGCAACAUCAGUUAAAUACGCAAACACGCAACUACAUUCACCACUGAAGCUGCUCCCACCAGGCCACAACAAGAGUACCUUCAUCAACAGAUUGCCAUGGCAGCAGCAUCAAACUUCAUCUGGAUGUUUCUUGAAGAGUGAGCGCACAUUGAUUCCAUGUGUCUUACAUGUUUUACCUUGUUAGACAAAUUCUGUUUCCAUGCUUUUAAUGGAAAAGCAUAUAAAAUCCCAAAAGUAACAAGAUAAAAAUGAUGUAAUUAACAACUUUCGAGUCAUUAUUUUUCCUCUGUUUUUGGAGUUGUAUAAUGUUACUAAUACGGAUACAGAAAAUGUUCAGCAACAUGAAAAAAAAAUGGGCCUUUUCAGUUGAAGGACUGUAGUUUUGAUAGCUCAUUCCUGGAUGUAACCAAUGAAGAAUAUCUCAGGUUUCUUAAAAGGGACUUUCAGUAGGUACCUGUUUUACUGUUUGCCUUCAUGGUAAAUGUAACCGUCAGGGCGGUGGCCAAUCUGCCAAAUCUAGUUAAUAAGAAUAGUUUUAUGGGUUCCCCACAUUCUAUGUAUAUAAAAAUCAAUAAGCCUUGUACUAUAUGACGGUUGUAUUUAGGCUAAUGUUGCACAGAAAUCUGUAUCUGAACAUUAGGUGUUAUAAACAAACAAUGCAUCAUCUCUAAUGUGAAAUAAACGCUGGCUGAAGUCUGA